AUGGCGGGCGGCUCGCACAAUUUCGCGGUGUUGACGAAUUUCGACGAGGACUACGAGGUGGGCUACCUCUGCGCCGCUGUGAACGAGGCCUACUGCCAGCGCUGGGGGUACCGCUUCGUGCCGCUCUGCCUGACCAGGGAGGACAUGGGGCGCGUGUGCGACGGCCGCCACUUCGCCUGGGCCAAGCUCGCUCUGCUCUCCUGGCUGUUCACGCCGCGCCGGUGCAGCCCGGUCGCGCGGGAGGUCCUCGAGCGCAAGCUCGGGGAGGCAGGUCGAGCCGCUCUGCUGUCGUCGGUGGACUACCUGGUGUGGAUCGACGGGGACGCCAUGGUGGUCGACCACGACGUGCCGCUGUCGCAGUUCGUCUCGGGCAAGCCCCUGGUGCUGGCCGAGGACAUGUCUUGGGCGGACUGGGUGAACACGGGCGUGCUCCUGGUGCAGGCGGGCUCGCCUUGGGUGAGGGAGCUGUGGGCAGAUGCGUGGGAGACCGAGGGUAACAAACAUGCCAUGAGCGCAAGCGCUCGGAGAGAGACGAGCAACCUCACCGUGCUGGACGCCGCGUCCCUGCAGUUUGCGAACCCCCUGCACGCGCAGUUCGUCCUGCACCUGUGCGGCUUCUCCUCGAAGCUUGGCCUCUGCCGCACAACCAUCAGCCUGGGCGUCCUCCGCGGCGCCAGGCUCCCGCAGCGCCCACCCGGGCAUCGCCUCUCCGGGCCGAAGUGGCAGGCGGCGCUGCUCUUUCUCCACGGCGCACUUCAGAGUGCAGGGCCGCGCCCGUGGGGCUGGCUGCCCCGGUGUGCGGGCGCGCUGGGAGCCGCCGCGAGCGGGGCCUCCCUGGGACUCGCGCUGCCCCGGUGCACGGCCGAGGAGGCGAUGGCGCGGUGGGCGCAGGGGGGCGCCGGCGAGCAGCCCGUGCUGGCGGAGGUGGCCCCGCCGCCGCACUGGUCCCUGGCAGAGCUGCGGCGCAGGCACGGCGACCGCCGGAUCCCCAUGGAGGACUGCUCGCCGCUGCGUGCCGACGAUCGCCCGCGCAGCGGCCGCUUCCCGCCGAGGGGCGCGCGCGGGGCGCUGUGGCAGCUGUGCGACUACGCCAGGGGCCUGCCGCCUCCGUGCCAUCCGCUGCUGGGCUCGCUGGACCCGGGGCGCCUGUGGCGGGCGACCCGCUGGCAGCCUUGGCACCCUCAGGAGGCCGGCGCCGAGGACCCGCCGGAUGCUCCGUGGGAGUGCGGAGGCGCGGGGGAGUCCCUGAAGGCGCUCGGUGGCUCCGGCGAGGUCGAGCGCGAGUUGAACGCUGGCCUCCGGGCUCUGUCGGCCGUCCACGUGCUGCCCCCGGGCGCGCGCUUGCGCCUGCAGCGGCCUUUCGACGGCAAGCGAGCGCACGCAGCGAUAUGGCAUUUGGAGGGCGACUGCGAGUACAGGAUGUUCGCCCCAGACAUGGCGUGUAGGCUGGGAAAGGGGAGCGACGUGGCACCGCUGUUCGAUGCCUCCCAGAGCAGCGUCGACGCGUGGGAGAGCACCGACGCUCCACAGCACGUGAGCGUGGUUGUGCGGCAGGGCGGGGUCCUGCUGGUGCCUGCCGGCUGGUGGAUUGCAAGCGUCUCGUUGAGUGCUGCCCUCGUUGUGUGGCGACCGUGGAUCUGCCAUCGGCGCUCGGCCGACUUGCUGCGAGGGGAGCAGGAGGGGGCGGCGGCGCUGCGGGCGUUCCGCCUGCAGCCCUCCAGGGCAGAGGAGUUCGCUGGCAUCCUGCGGCGGCUCCGCGGCCCCGACGCUCCGCCGUGGUGCAAAGAGGUCAUCCGCGGCGGCCUGGGCAGCGCCCACGCCAGGGAGCCCACGUUCAGCGCGGUCGUGCACGUCGACCGGUUCUCUGCGGACGGCAGCGGCGUGAGCAGCACCCGGCUGGCCCCGGCCCCGAGCAUGGCCCUGGGGGAGCGCGCGCUCGUGGCGCUGCGGGGCGGCGGGGCGGAGAGCCCUCGGGGCGCGGCCACGCUGCUCGAGCUGGAGCUGCUCGCGGCGCUGGCGCCAGCGCCAGAGGUGCUCGGGGCGCCUCCGGGGCACGAGCCCGUCGACCAGGUGGCCCUGGCCGAGGGCGGCCCGGGUGCCGUCGGCAGCGCUGGGGCGCGCGGGUCGCCGCGGCCCUUCGAGGGCGGCGGCCGGCGCGUGCUGGCGGAGAAAGAAAAGUGGUUUGUGCCCUUCAUCAAGCUGGCCUUCCGGGCGACGCUCACCCGGCAGAUGCCGCGCAGCACCCCGCCGCCGGCCUUGCCGCCGCCGGUCGCCUGGCAGGCGCGCGGGCUGGCGGGCAGCGAACAGGGCGCGGUCUCGGACGGCAGUCCGAAAGUCUCCCUCUUCGACCUCAAGCAGUGCGCUGUGAGAGGCCGACAGCCGAUCUCGGAGGUGGAGCAGGCCGCAUUCUGGCCGGCUGCCAAGCCCGAAGGCAAGGGGGCGGCGGCGCCGCGCAGCCCCCCUGGAACAUAUCCCUAUCCCUAUGCUGGGCAUCUCCUCAUCACGAUGCCGAUCUGA